AUGGCAAGACAAGAUCAGAAAACUGCAAGGAAAGAUCAGGCCCUGGCAUUCAAAAACCAAGAGGCCUCAAUCAGAAACCUUGAGAGACACAUGGGACAAAUGGCUAAGCAAAUUUCAGAAAUGGGUGAGAAGAGAGCAAAUAUCUUCCCCAAUGUCAUUGAAGAACACCCAAGGGACAAAGGAAAAGCCACAAAAUGGGAGGAGUGCAAAGCAAUUAUAGUGGAAAGUGAAGAGACUAGGGAGAAGGAAGCCAUCAAUCAAGAAAAACACAACAGAGAAGUUCCACAAGAGGAAAUAGAGGACAAAAGUGAAAAGGAUCAGACAACUAAGAAGGCACAAAUCUCAAAGGGAGACAAGAACAUCCUUAAAUCACAACUACAAGAGAAGAGGGAAGAAGUGAAUCCUUUACUUGAACAUAUGCCACUAUAUGCCAAAUUUAUGAAAGAAGUACUCACAAAGAAAAGAUCCCUAAAGGAAGUACAGAUUGUUGAGAUGACAAAGGAAUGUAGUGCUAUUCUCCAAAGAGAGUUGCCAGCGAAGAAAGAUGAUCCUGGGAGUUUUUACAUACAUUGCACCAUAGGAAACAUAACAAUUGAGAAGUUAUUCUGUGUCCUCGGUGCAAGCAUAAACUUGAUGCCUUUGUCUCUAAUGAGGAAACUUCAAAUUUCUGAGCUGAAAUCCACACGAGUAGUUCUCCAAAUGGCUGACAAAUCCAUUAAGCAAGCACUAGGAGUUGUGGAGAAUGUGUUGGUAAAAGUGGGAAAAUUCUUUCUCCUUGCUGACUUUGUUAUCUCGGAUAUAAAAGAGGACCCUAACACUCCCAUCAUCCUGGGGAGGCCUUUCCUAGCUACGGGCAGAGCAUUGAUAGAUGUUGAAAAAGGAGAAUUGUUGCUGAGAGUGCAUGAUGAGCACCUAGCAUUCCAUGUUUUUAAAACCCUGCAUGAGCCUACUCAAGAAGAAGAUUUUAUGAAGGAUAAGGCCAGAGAUCAAAGUUUGAAGGAGGCAGUCAAUGAGUUAACUCCAAGACUUCUAAAUCCAUGCUUGAAAGGAUGGUGCAACAAAUCAAAGAAAUCAAGGAGGAACUAG